AUGUCGGAUAGCAAUGAACAACCAGAAGAAAUAGAUGCUGCUGCCGACACUAAGAGUGAAGACAUUAUGCCCACAGUACUACCAAAAACGUCGUCCAAACAUAGAUACAAAACCUUGAAAAGGAAAUUGAAAUUUCUUCUUUAUGAACAAGAAUGUUUUCGCGAGGAAUUGGUCAAAAUUCAGAAGAAGAUUCUGCGUGUUUCUAUGGAUAAGAAUGGAGAUGGGGUAAUUACUCUUGAACAUGACGGUAUUUUUUGUAACAGCUUUUUACUAGAUCGACUUCUUAAAUAUGAAAAUGUACCGCUUUCUUCGUCAGAUGAAGACGGAACAGCAUCUUCUUCGAAUGAAAGUGAAAUUGAAAGAAAGAGGAAAAAGACGCAUCACGCUAAUGAUGGAUCCUCCACUAAAUCUAAGCCAAUCAAAGAGAAGAAAAGGAAAAGUCAUUUAAGCAAAAAGUCGACGAAUCAACGUAGUUCUUCUAAUGACACUAAGGAAUUAAAUGGUCGUGCCAGUUCCAGCGAUAAACAGCUAGUUCGAUGUGCGUAUGUUGCAGAUGGAAUACAAUGUCAGGAAAUUGUUAGUAAGUCAUCAAAGUUUUCUUACUGUAAACGUCACCGAACGGUUAUUCGAAUAGGCCCAAAGAACGGAAAUAGUUCAUCUAAGUCUUCUAAAAUGAUAAAAUACUCUUUAGUAAAGAAAGGGCAUCACCUUAAAAAAGGGAAGGAGCGCAAAAAAUCUCUCCAGGGAGAGUUCUCUCGCCUUUCAACUGACGCUGAUAUAGGAUUGUCACAAGAUGCCUUUAGCGAUACUUUCGGAGAAAAAGUGGAACAACCCGCAAAUGAACUAGAAAGUAGUUUAGAUGAUUUAAUUGAAGAAGAACUUGUCAUCGAUAUGCAAGAAUAA